GACGAGAUAAUCCGGCAAAAAUACAACCAGCAAACGCACCACGCGCGCAAAACGCGCCGCACAGAGUCCAAGAUCUACAAGCUGCGUUCGUUCAACAACUGCAUCAAAUAUAUCCUGAUCCACAAGUACGCGCGGCCGGGAGGCAACGUGCUGGACCUGGGAUGCGGCAAGGGAGGCGACAUGGCGAAAUGGGAGGCUGUGCAGACAAAAUCGUACGUCGGCAUCGAUCUGUCGGACCUCUCGAUCAAGGAGGCGGUCACGCGCUACAAACGCUCGCGGUUCCACUUCCACGCGGUUUUCGCCACAGGAGAUGCGUUCAACGUGCCCGUUCCACAGAUCCUCAAGGACUUCCGCGACCAGGUCGAUCUCCAGUUCGACACCGUGUCGAUGCAGUUCUGCAUGCACUACGCGUUCGACUCGGAGCUGACGGUGCGCAACAUGCUGCAGAACGUGGCCCGCUCGCUCAAGGUGGGCGGCAUGUUCAUUGGAACGAUUCCGUCGUCCGACUUCAUCCGCUGGAAAAUCAACAAACUGGGCCCCGGCGAGCGCAAAUGGGGCAACUCGAUCUACUCGGUGGAGUUCCCGUCGGAGCCACCCAAGGACGCCAAGUUUGCGAAUCCGUUUGGCAACGUGUACAACUACUAUCUUGUGGACGCCGUUGACAAUGUGCCGGAGUACGUGGUGCCGUUCGAAACGUUCCGUGCGCUUUGCGAGUCGUACAAUCUGGAGCUGCGGUACAAAAAGAAUUUCUUUGAGCUCUUCAACAAGGAGAUCCCCAACUACUUCAGAAAGCUGCCCACGCCCGUUGUGGAGUCGCUGCGGCGCGAGGACGGCUCGUACGGCGUUAGCGGCGAGGACAGAGACGCGUGCUCGUUCUACCUCGCGUUUGCGUUCGAGAAAGUC